ACCAAAAGUAAUUUUAAUAUUUUUUUUUAAAAAAAAAAAAAAAAAAAAUUCCAAUAAUGUCUUUAACAAUUUUAAGAAAUAAAUCUUUGAAUCUAUGCGUUUUAUUAAACGUAAUAUCACUUUUUUUCAUUCUCCCGAGCACCGUCAUAUGCGAUGGUGAUGUUGAUAAUAUGAGAAAUGUGACUAAUGAUAACAAUAAUCAUGCAAUUACCACAAGUGAAACAAAAGAAGAAAAACAAGAAGAACUUGUUGAUAAUACAAUUGUACAGGUUUCUGUAGCUAUCAUGUACAUUUUAUUUGGAAUUAUUCUUUUUGUAAUAAUCAAAACUAUAGUAGAUAGAAGAAAAAGAAAGAAUGCUAGAAAAAAUGCUAUUAAUGAUCUAGAAAUGGGUUCUGAUUUGAAAAAGGGUUACGAUUUGAAAAUGGGUUAUUAUUAUGAAAAGGAUGAUGAUUUAAAAAAGGACAUGAAAAAUGAAAUUAUCAAACCUCCUCCUGCCGUAAUUCCUUUUACAAAAAAAUAGAUUUUUUUUUUUUCUAGAAACUUUUAAUUUUUUUUUUUUUAUACCGUAUUAUACGAUAAUUAAGCAAAAAAAAUACAUUGUUUUUUAAAGAAAUUGAUUUUUUUUAUAGUUUAACAUUUCUAAGAUUAUUAUGUAAUUCAAUUUUAACUUAUAAAUGAUAAAUUAACAACAAUGUAAUUGUUUUUUAAUAAAUUUUAGUCGUGGCUAAAAAAACCUAGAAAAGUAAAUGGCAAAAUCUUGUACGUCAUUUUAACAUCACUUGAGGUUAUGACAUAUUACGAUUUACGACAUGAUUUUCUCAUCACCUGAUGUUACACCUUUAAAUGUAUUCUAAAUGUAGUUAUUAUCAUAUUAUUUUUAUUACAUUAUAUAUCAUAUAUAUCACAUAUAUACUAUACUAACAAAUAUCCAAUACCUAAUAUUAUUUAUAUUAAAA